AUGGCACCCCCCUCUCCUCGGCGUUCUUCACGAGCCCGAGGCAACACAGUCUCUCAGUCACAGCAAUCUUCAACAACGUCGAGUCUCUCGAGUCGGGGCGAAAGGACCACCAGAUCCCUCAACAAGACCUCUUCCGCCAAAUCUACCCCAAGCGCUUCGCUCUCUUCAGAACCGCCCGAAGACCUUGACGACGCCCUCCCUUCGCGACGCCGAACUCGUGCUCAAGAGGACGCCCGCGACAAGGCUCGUGCCGACCCCUACGAUAUGGCUACCGCCAGCGACGACGUACAGGAGGACGACGAGUCUGUGCGAUGUGUCUGUGGCUUCGACGAAUACCCGGGGCCUCCGCCUUUUGAGGGGGAUUCUAAGCACGGGAAGCACAAUCCAGAGGCAGACUUCUUCGCCAGUAUCGAGUUGUCAGAUGAGGUCUCUGGUCUUUUUGUCCAGUGCGACGUCUGCAAAGUCUGGCAGCAUGGUGCUUGCGUUGGUAUCUUCACUGAAGAAAGUUCCCCUGACGAAUACUUUUGUGAGAAAUGUCGCAAGGAUUUGCACAAGAUCCAUGCGGCCAUCAAUGGGCAACGAUAUUCCAACUACCUUCCACUCAACCGCCCCUCGCGCGCCACGUCUCGGGCUGCCUCGCUAGUCAAGGAUGGCACCCGGUCGCCCAAGGAAACAAGCAAGAAUGGACGUGCUUCGUCUGCGACCCAAGCCUCGAAAAGAAGGUCGACAAUGAACAGCCGGGACGCUGCAUACGAUGAGGAUGAGCAGCUGCGACGGGCCAUUGAAGCUAGCAAAGAAGAAACCGCUCUGGAUCAAACAGAGCCUGGGACAAGACGAGCGAAGCGAGGUCGCAGCGGUAGCGAGGAGAAUUCAACGAGUUUGAAGAGACAACGGACAAGCUCCCCAUCAAUGUCGCCGCCUCCUGAGAAGACCGAGGCCAUUGAAGAUGACACAGACGAGGAAAACAGCGCACGGAAUGGCCAAUCAAAGAAGCCUCGUGGUGCCCGGACUCAACGUGAAAAGUCGGAGCGCGAAGAGCGCGACAGGCAACGGGCAGAGGCGGCAAAUCGACGAAAGGGUCGUGCAGACCGGAGACGAGCUGAGGGUACAACCCCCGCGAAUCCGGGCAAGGAACCUGAAGCUCAUGUGGGCGCAGAAUCAGAUCCGUCGGAAGAGGUCCCUCCCGCACCACCUCGCCUUGCUGUCAAGCCCAGUACGGAGGCGGCGGCGCCCCCACUAGCGCCUGUCGAAGCACCCCCAUCCUCUGCGCCGACCCCAGACACGCCGCCAGCGAACCAGGCGCCAGUUGGCAGCUCGCACAAGAAGACCAGUCGCAACAACCAGAAAAGAGGCAAAGGCAGGAAUCAGUACACUAAGGACCGCGACGACAACGAAGACACUCCAGCUCGAUCGAUGUCAAGAGAUAUUGGGAGGAAUCAUGAUGAUCACACUGGCGCCGGCAUAACAAAACACUCCCAUACGGAUAACCCUAAGCACAGUGCAAGGAGCAAGGCAAACAGCACCCACAGCAAAGUGUCGAUGAACGACAUGAAGCGCAGAGUUUCGGCGUUCCUCGACUUUAUAUCCAAGACACAGGUUGAGUUGGCGGCUGAGGCACUUCCGGGGUCAAGAAGCAGCCAAAACAGCUCUCAACAGCAAAGCCCCCGCGUAAAGGCUGCGUCGGAUGGACCCAAAAUCAACAUCAACGGCAACGACAAAGCGGAGUUGCAGAAUUCCCCCAUCACCAACACGGCAGACGAGAACAGAUCCGAGACUAAAGAGUUCAAGGCGCUUAACUGCGUAGAGAUGAUGGAUGUCCUCACUCGGGAUCUGUUGAGGUGGCAGAAUCAGUAUGCAUCCUGA